AUGUCCUCCAAUAGCAAUAUGGAAAAUAAUCAUGAGAAUGCAGCUGAUGAUUUAGUAGGAGAAAAGUAUGAUGGGUUAUUGUAUGAAAUUAAAGAUCUGGAGGAAAUAAUGAUUACACAGUUCCAUAAUUGUGAAGCUGAAGAUAAAGUUAUAAA